CCCGGUGUCACCGUCCCACCGCUAAGUGUCACCACCACGUGUGUGGUGGCACCUCGACAGCAACCAGGGCCACCGCGCAGUGCCCGGUGUCACCGUCACAGCAGCUACAGUCACCAUCGCAGCGUCCGGUGUCACCACGACAGCAACCGGAGUCACCACCACAUGUCCGGUGUCACCAUCGCAGCACCUGGUGUCACUGUCCCGGUGCCCAGUGUCACCGCCGCAGCAACCGGUGUCACCGCACGGUGCCUUCUGUCACCAUAACUUGCCCGCUGUCACCGUCACAGCACCGGUGCGGCCACCACCACGUGUCCAGUGUCACCGUCACGCGUCCGGUGCCACCACCGCAGCGCUCAGGAGUCAUCACACAGGACCAGGUGUCACCGCAAGAACCGCUGCGCUACGGGCUGAGAUCCUGGUGCCACAGCUGUACCGCCGCCCUUCGGCAAUGCCGCUGCUGAAGAAGACUCCAAAGGAGGAGGAGGAGGACGGGGACCCCUUUGCUGCCAACCCCGAGAGCCGGUACCGCCGCCGCGCCACGCUGGAGCGGUUGGUGGGAUUGGCUCCCUUUGGCCGUGCCCGCCGUACGCCCACCAAGGAUGGGGACGGCGACCGAGCGCGGCGACGCUCAGAGGAUUUCGGGCUCUUGCGGCGUCUGCCAGGCUGGCGCAAGGCGGGCGAGGAGAACCUCAACGAGAGGCCCAAGAGGAGCUCGUUGUUGCGCCUGGCGCUGGGGCCGCGCGGGCACCGGGCAUCGCUGGGUGACAGGAACGCUAUGGGUGACGGUGACGGCAAUGGGGACACCGAGAGGGACGGCGAGGAGCGGCAUGAGGGGCGCGGGAAGGGCCGGGAACCGCUGUCGGUGCUGGAGAUCCUGGAGCUGAUCCAGCGGCGGGAGCUGGUGGUGGCAGAUGAGCAGAUCAUCGCUCUGGAGGCCGAGUGCGUGGCGUCGGCACGCGCGGUGCCCGCGGGCGGCCGGCAGGUACGGGAUGUGGCGUUGCUCUACGAGGCGCUCCUCGCCCAACUCUGGGCCGUGGUUGGCGAAGCGGUGCCGGCGGCGUGCCCGUACCCACCGCUACGCGCCGUAGUCCGUGUGUUGGAGCAAGAGGAGGCGGCGGAUACGCGGCACCCACCGGGUACGCCGGGGCGGCCGCGGGCGCUUCGGCGCCGUUGGCAAGAAGCCGUUGGGCGCGCGGCGGGUGAGCGGUUGGCACAGGUGGCACCGGCGGCCGGGUUGGGGGCUCGGUUGGCAGCGUUGGCCGCCCGUAUGGUGGGCGACCUCGGCACCGUCAGGUGUCACGUGGCACCCGCGUACCCACCGGAGUACGGCGCCUUCGGCGUCUACGCCCGCGGGUAUCACCGGGCGCUGGCGCAGCAGCUGGCGGCGCUGGCACAGAGGCCGCUUUCCGUGCCCGACCUCUACCUACUGCUCGACUGGCACAGCAACACCUAUCCCAGGGAGGUGUUGGGACACCCCGAAGUUGGGGCGCUGCUGCAGGCACAGGCGCUGGGACCCCUCCUGCCCCCCGAAAGCCAACGCGGCCUCGAGAGCUCCUGCAUUGCCGCUGUCAAAGCGAAGGUGGAGGUGGCAGUGGCACAGGAGCUGCAGCUCAGUGAGGACGCGUGGGCAGAUGAGGCCUCCAGCCAAGACCUCCAUGAGGGCCUGGCCACCCGUGUCACCGCCCUCCUGAGGGCACACGUGGACCGAGCACCCCAGAUCACCCCCGAGUUCGGAAUGGAGAUGGCGCAGAGCCUUCUGGGUGUGUUGGUGGCCUUCCUGCACAGUUUCCAGCGCAAGGUAGAACGGUUCCUGGAAGCCCCCGGUGAAGCCACGCCACCUGAUGGUGCCACCGGCCGGGCCAUUGGCCUCGUCAACUGUUGCCCCCCGUUCAGGGCCUUCACCGAGCGCCUAGCACAGUUUGGACAUCCAGAGAGCGAGGAGCUCCAGCGCCAGGCCCACGCCGCCCUGGACAAGGUGACCCGGCUCUGCAACCACAUCCUCACCCAACACCUCUUUGAGGAUCUCAAGCCUUACUUCAACAAGCUGAUGAAGCGCAAAUGGCUCACAAGCUCCGACGCCUUCGACACCAUUGUGAUGCUCAUCACCAGCUUCUCCCAGAAGCUUCGUCCGCUGCGCCCUGAGCCCUACCAGGUGCUGGUGAGCGAGGUGCACCGGCGGGUGCUCAUCGAGUACGUGCGGCCGCUGCUGCAGGUGCGCUUGGUCUGCACCUCGGCCAAGAUGCGGACCCGGGUGGCUGCGCGCCUCGGAGAUGAAGCCCGGCAGCUCAGGGAGCUCUUCAACCGCUUGGAUUCGGCCUCGCCCUGGCUGGACUCAGUGGUACCACGGCUGCGGGAGCUGCUGGUGCUGGAGGACACAGCGGCCCUUCAGAUGGAGGUGGGCGUCCUGGUGAGGGACUUCCCUGAUGUCCGGCGCAAGCACGUGGCGGCGGUGCUGGACGUUCGAGGGCUGCGGAGCCACGCGGCGCGGCAGGAGAUCCUGGCGGUGGUGCAGGACCUGGAGCAGAGUGAAGCCGAGCCCGAGCUCCCGCGCCAACGCGCCUUCUUCUCCGAGCUGCCGGUGGCCCGCGAGGUGCGAUGUCUUCCUUUCCAGCUGCCACGCUUAGCGCGGCUCUCGCGCCUCCGCCUGCGCCGCCAGCACCCGCAGCCGCGGCUCUGAGCACCUUAGGGUGCUGUGACCCCAGCGAUGCUAUCGGGGCUACACCCCAAAUCCAGGUAUGGGACUCCCUCAGAGAAGGGUUGAACGCUGCACCCCAAAAGCUGGGUGCUGAGCCCAAAUCAGGAUGCUUGGACUUUCCCCCCCUAGAGCAGGGUUCAAUGCUGAACCCCAAAACUGAGUGCUGAGCUGCCCCCAAGGCUGGGCUCAGCGCUGCACCCCAAAUGGAGACGCUGGGCUCCCCCCAAGAUUGGGUUCAAUCCUGAGUGCGGUGCUGUGCCCUCAAUGUGGGCACUGCCCCUCCGUCCCCUCUCCGCUGGGUAUAAACCGCGUUGAUGAACAUUGGAGCGAUUAA